UCAUUCUCUCUGUGUUAACAGUUACGUGAACUAUAUAUUAGUUCACGUAACUGUUAACACUCUGAACUUCUUCCAUGCUCUGAACUUCUUUUAACACACGACCUAUCGUAAACGGCUCUGACACUUUGGCGCUGCGGUUGAUGUACUGUAUAACAAAUGAAUUUAAGGUGCAACGAGCGCUGCUCCUUGGGCGCCGACUGAUAUCGAGCAACGCCUGUGGCAAGCCUGAGGCAAGAGAGACAUGGAAGCUUGACACCGAAUUCAUUCAGGCUUACGACAAUUUCUUUGUCCUGGUUGGCCUAUUAUCCCAUGUGAACUUGUGCCAUAAACAGGCGAAUGUCACGUCGUCGCGCUUAGUUGCAACCUGUUUGACCUCAGUUACUCCAAGCAUCUUCCUUAUCAAAACACAUCACCUACAAUCUGUUUUUAUCGUCACCUUCUUCACCUUCUUCACCUUCUUCACCUUCUUCAUCUUCUACACCUUCUACGCUGCUUCAAAUUCCCAAUCUACCUUUCUUUCUCUUCACAUAUUCCUUUCUACGUUGUCACGAUAUUGGCCUUCUGCACCCGCACUCAACCUCUAUAUAUCAUCACAACUACCCCAACCGUCUUCCUUGUCACAAUAUUCUGCACCAUACUCACCCUCUACACCACCACAACUGCCCCGAUCAUCUUCUUCUCAAUAUUCUACUGCUAUGGCGACUCCUGCACAACAAACCGAGGUCUGCGUUCAAUGCGAUCAGGAGUUUGACGAUUGGCAAGCCUAUAUCAGACACAUGAUCGUGAGCGGUAAUCAUCCACACGCUUGUGCUACUUGUGGGCAAGAAUUUCAGUCUGAGGAGGGUAAACAGACCCAUCAACGCCAGGCGCAUCCACCCGACCAGAGUCUGAUCUGCAGCGGCUGCCACAAGGAAUUCACUCGAUGCGGGAGUUUAGUACAUCAUGUUGAGAUCGAUGGAUGUCCCGUGUUUCGCAAACUGGCCUUCGAGAAGAUCCGAGAUGCAAAUGAUGACUAUUACAAGAAGAUGGGCUUACCCAAGAAGCGAAAUACCGCCACGACUACUGAUGUCAUUGACAAAGCUCACACUGCUAAUGCAAGUUGUGUUCCGUCGGAAGUCCUCGAAGCUUCUCCAGCUCCUGCAGGCACAGCUCGAUCUGAAGUUGGCAAAGUUUCCGCUGGUCCCGCACGCCGAGUACAGUCUGAAGUUGAUAACGUUUCCGCUGGUCCCGCAAGUCAUGUUACGCCGAGGGACAUCAUGACCGAUUUCGAAACCCCAUGCAAGGAGGCCGAGUACGAAGAAUUCAAGAGAAACUUCCCGGCUUUGAAGAUUCAAAGGCGUGGCGUGGGCUCAACGGAUAGCGUUGUCACCCCUAUGAGACCUACAGGCGUGAAUUCUCCCACGAAAGGCAAAGCCGAAGACGAUUUGGUAGAGAUGUCACCGAAUAGAAAUGUUCCCAAGCACAACUGGCCCAGCCUCGCCAGACUGAAACAAUUCAACAUUGCAGCCGGAGGCGCUGAGAAUAUGCCAUGGGAGAAAGAAGCACCAAAGAUUUCCCCACCACUAGCGCGUUCUUCGAAGUUUUCAGGCACUAUUCCCCAUCACUCCAGCGCAUCAAAACAGCCAUCCAACCUUCGAUCCCCGAUGCUUACACAUGCCGAACCUGACCUUGGCGCACCGUCAAAGCCCUCAAAUAUUCUGCAGCCUGUUCAAGAACUCAAGCUGGGCGAGCAACAAUUAACAGUUCAAGCUAUUGAGUCGACCGCUGAGGAAACAGCCCCUACAUAUUACCAUCAGUACGAUCCGGACCGGCCUGGUUUCAAUUUGGAACAGUAUCGGAAUCCCUACAGCAAAAAGUACAACUGUGCUUUCGCUGGUUGCUCAAAGCUCCUCAACUCAAGCCAAGCGCUUCAUAUGCAUCUAAAAUCCAACGCCCACCUUACCGACCUCUGCUUGUGCCCAUUCUGCUUUAAGCAGUUCCAUAGCGGCUCCGCCAUAACGCAGCACCUGGAAUCGCAGACCAACCGCUGUAACGCCCGAGAUGAUCGCCGCUUCAGUCAGAUUAUGGACCAGGUUGCCGCGGGUAUGAUCAAUACAGCGGGAACCCAUGCCGACAACACCCACCGCUAUUACACGGCGCAGAUCGUGCCAAAGCUUCAGCUUGAUACAGUUCACGAGGCUAAAGGAGAGGUUGUUGUUAACGCUGUUAACGACCCUGAGUAUCGGUUAGCCAGAACCCGAGAACGCGAACAAAAGCUGAAGGAAGAGAAAGCUCGGAUCGAAGCAUUGAAGAAUGACGAGUGGGAUGAGUGAACGGGAGACGUCGCCUGUGCCAUGAAACAGGACUUACGCUGCUGUUAUGCCAGAAACCUGAUCUUGUCGUGCUGGUUUUGCCUCCUGAUUUGAGGGUGACCGCCUAGAGGUAUUAUGGGUUGCCAUAGUGUUUGGCGCCUUUGAUGUUGUUCGCUCACUCUAGGCGCCUGGUAUUGCACUCCGCUGCCAGCAUCCGCAUCUAUGAUUGUCCCGACGUUGGUGCUUCUUUAAAUUGUGCUCAGUCGAGAAUUAUGCUGGGCCAUCGUGAUGUUUGGCGCCCCUCCUUUUGUUGCUCACUCUAGGCUCCUGACAUUGCUUCUUCGUGUUAUGGAGUUUCGAAAACUGGGAUGAUGCCACAAGGGGACAUUAAGAGGUGGAUCGUCCUUAAAUACAUACAUGAGAAUUAAUGGAACGUACUUAUCUCUAAAGUGAUUUCUACUAUAAAUUAAAUUCGUGGUGACCCGAAUCAACCUUUCCAU